GUUUUUUAGCCUUCAUCAUCGCCAUCAUCACCAACUUCAGUUUAGCAGCAGGCAAGAACAGACGCCUGUCCCGGAUGGAGGACAACCAGCUCAUGUACUUUGUGUCAGAUUCUCGUGGCACAGUUAGUACCUGGGAAUGUAACGAAGUAUUUUAACGUUAUUAUAGGUGACAAUGGACCUCGUUGGUGCGAGUAUUCUUAGCUAUCUGAUGUCGAUACCUUUAUGCUGCAUGCACAGUCAGCGUGAUUUGCGACGGUGAUACUAUGAGCUAACCCCAGCUAGCACAGGGAUUGUUUUGGAAGAUACCUGUUUGAGAAACUCAUACGUUGACAAAUGAAUUAGACACUUUUUCGACAAAGUUGAUCAAGGUGGAAUAUAAAAGGGAAUGUCGAACCAAGGAGUUAGGAGAAACGGCCCAGUAAAGCUGCGCUUGACAGUCUUGUGUGCAAAGAACUUGUCGAAGAAAGACUUCUUUCGGUUGCCCGAUCCUUUUGCCAAAGUGGUGGUGGAUGGUUCAGGACAAUGCCACUCAACCGAUACUGUGAGGAAUACUCUUGACCCAAAGUGGAAUCAGCAUUAUGACCUUUACAUUGGAAAGACGGACUCCAUUACCAUCAGUGUCUGGAACCACAAGAAGAUCCACAAAAAGCAGGGCGCAGGUUUCCUCGGCUGCGUCCGCCUCCUGUCCAACACCAUCAGCAGACUCAAAGACACAGGAUAUCAGAGGCUGGAUCUGAAUAAGCUGGGCCCCAAUGAUAACGAUACUGUGAGAGGACAGAUAGUCGUAAGUCUACAGUCCAGGGACCGCAUUGGGUCUGGGGGACCAGUGGUAGACUGCAGUCGCCUGUUUGACAACGACUUACCUGAUGGUUGGGAGGAGAGGAGGACGACUUCUGGAAGGAUCCAGUAUCUGAACCACAUCACACGCACCACGCAGUGGGAGAGACCCACCAGGCCGGCGUCGGAGUACUCUAGCCCAUCAGGGCGUCCGCUGAGCUGCGUGGUAGACGAGAACACCCCUGUGAUGACUCCGGUUAACGGGGCGGUGGCCAGCGGUCCUCCGGGCGAACAGCGGAUCCAGGAGCGACGGGUUCGAUCACAGCGACAUCGAAAUUACAUGAGUCGGACACACCUGCACACUCCUCCUGACCUGCCAGAGGGUUAUGAGCAAAGAACAACCCAGCAGGGCCAAGUAUACUUCCUCCACACACAGACUGGAGUCAGCACUUGGCAUGACCCCCGGGUGCCCAGGGAUCUGAGUAAUGUAAACUGUGAGGAGCUGGGCCCGCUGCCACCAGGCUGGGAGAUCAGAAACACCGCCACCGGACGGGUCUACUUUGUCGACCACAACAAUCGAACCACUCAGUUCACAGACCCGCGACUCUCUGCUAACCUACAUCUAGUGCUAAACAGUCCAAGUCCAAAUGGUUCCCGUGUGGCCACGGAAAGCCAGAAUACUAACCUCAGCCACCCGACUCAGCUGAAGGACCAGAGUGGUCCUGGGGGCCCACCGCAGGCUCUGUCCCCAGCUCAGUUACCUGAAGAGGCGGAGUGUCUGACGGUGCCCAAAUACAAGCGAGACCUAGUGCAGAAGCUGAAGAUCCUGAGACAGGAACUUUCACAGCAGCAACCUCAAGCCGGUCACUGUCGCAUCGAGGUCAGCCGUGAGGAGAUCUUUGAGGAGUCCUACAGGCAAGUCAUGAAAAUGCGCCCGAAAGAUCUUUGGAAAAGACUGAUGAUCAAAUUUAGAGGAGAAGAGGGGCUGGACUAUGGAGGGGUGGCGAGGGAAUGGUUAUACCUGCUGUCACACGAGAUGCUGAACCCAUAUUACGGCCUGUUCCAGUACUCCAGAGACGACAUCUACACGCUGCAGAUUAACCCAGACUCUGCUGUCAAUCCAGAGCACCUGUCGUACUUCCACUUCGUGGGCCGCAUCAUGGGCAUGGCGGUGUUUCACGGUCACUACAUCGACGGAGGCUUCACGCUGCCGUUCUACAAGCAGCUGCUGGGGAAACCGAUCACGCUGGAGGACAUGGAGUCCGUCGAUCCCGACCUCCACAACAGCCUUGUUUGGAUUUUAGGAAACGACAUCACCGGAGUCCUGGAUCACACCUUCUGUGUGGAGCACAACGCCUACGGAGAAAUAAUCCCACAUGAGCUCAAGCCCAACGGGAAGAGCCUCCCAGUGACGGAGGACACCAAGAAAGAAUAUGUCAGAUUAUAUGUGAACUGGCGUUUCCUCCAUGGCAUCGAGGCUCAGUUUUUAGCCCUGCAGAAAGGCUUCAAUGAGGUCAUCCCUCAGCACCUCCUCAAAUCCUUCGAUGAGAAGGAGCUGGAACUGAUCGUGUGCGGUCUGGGGAAGAUCGACGUUGCAGAUUGGAAGUCCAACACCCGUCUGAAGCACUGCACCCCCGACAGCAACAUCGUCAAGUGGUUUUGGAAAGCUGUGGAGUCUUUUGAUGAAGAGAGGAGGGCCCGACUCCUGCAGUUUGUUACCGGUUCAUCCAGAGUCCCGCUGCAAGGCUUCAAGGCGUUACAAGGGGCUGCUGGACCCAGACUGUUCACCAUCCAUCAGAUCGAUGCCAACACCAACAAUCUGCCCAAAGCCCACACCUGUUUCAACCGGAUUGACAUUCCUCCUUAUGAGAGCUAUGAGAAACUAUACGACAAGCUACUGACGGCGAUCGAGGAGACGUGUGGCUUCGCUGUGGAAUAAGAGCCAAACUGAAGAAUCUGAGUCUGUUAACUUUACCUGACCCUAAUAAACAAUUAUCGUCGUCGCUGCAUCGCGCUGGUUAGAUCUCCGUGAGCAACUAGCCUGUGGUCUUCCUCUUCUCACAGCAUCCAAUACUCUUCUAUCUACAUCUGAGCAGCUUUUAGUCCCUCCAUCCGGCUCUGGUCUACUUUUAGGAACUGUACGUUCAACAUCUCCACAAAAUGCAUAAAUCCUGACAAAAAUUCACUGGUUUAUCUGCAAACGUUGGUUCAGUUCAUCCUACCUCAGUGAAACGCUUUUAGAAUCCGUCAAAGCGGCGAUUGGACCCAGAUUUAGAAAGUCGAGUUCCUACAGCAGUGAUUGUUUUGACACCAGCAGUCGUUUUUGUGAAAUUGCAUCAUUUAAAACGUGACCAUAUCAUUAUGGCGUGGGACUCAUCAGGUCAUUUGUGUCUUUGUUUUAAGCAUGUCUGAGUAUUAAGUUCUCUAUGUUGUUAUUUUCAACCCUCACGAUUAAAAAAUAAACCCUGUCCUUAACCCAACGCGCUGAUGUCAGAGUUGAACUGAAAAGGGCAAAAAAUUAGUUAAAAAAUAAAAACGGUUCUAGCUGGAUUACUUUUCUCAGCCACGGCCGUUUUUAUUUCUGUCGAUUAAGAGCACUUUACAGUAAUGGCAGGAGUGCUUUCUUCACGCUUUUGUGUGCAGCAGCAGUAAUAAUACUCAGAAUAAAAACUAUCUGUAAUUUUUGAUUAUAUAUAAAUAUAUGUACAAAGAUAUAGCUAUUUUGUAUAUUGUUGCUUCUUUCUCCAGUUUAAAUGCAAGCAUGUUGAUGUAUUUCAGACUUCUACAUUCUCAGGUGAACUUGUCUUUUUUUUUGUUUGUUUAUAUUUUCUCUUCUUUUUAAUCACACAUAUGCUUUUAUGUGAUGAAGCAACAUUAAAAAUCCCUUCCUGGUUUUAUUUUUAGGCAAACAUUAUGCAAACAUUUGCUGCUAUACAGGCUUUUGUCACCGUGGAACAGAUUUACAUGACCUUGUUAAUUAUGCACAGAAGGGUUUCAUGUGAAGUUUGGAUGAUGGAAAACUUAAGUUUAAAUGGACGGUCCACAGUAAAAAUAGUCUAAAACCCAGAGAGGGUUGGGGUGAGGCGCUUCAACAGAAAGUGCAUGCAUGGAUUCUUGAGAGAAAGUUUAUUUAUUAGUCGUUAUUAUAGAAAAUGCUUUAAUUAGAAAAAUCAUUUAAAUGUAAGUUGUCUGCUUUUAUUUACAAACAGAAUUUCUUGGAUCAAUUUUUUUCAUAAUAAGGCAAAAGCAAACGAGUACAGAUCCUCGUGCGGCCAAUGUCUUCAAGAUCUAAAGAGUGCAUUGCUGCAACUUCUGUUUUUCCUUUAUGUGCAAAUUAUGCAUAUGUGGGCUCAAGCUGUUAAUCCAACACUUCCUUCUAUGUAUCAAGUACCUGUUAGGCUGAUUAAUCUUUAUGUAGAUUUCCAUAUUAUGUGCACACUUGUGUUUAUCCAGACGAGCUUAUUUUGUUGUUUUUUUCUACUGGUUCACUUUCAACGUGCAAAAGUUUCACAAAAUCCAUUCAGUUUAAAAUCCAAAUCUGUCAUAAUGUUCUUCUUUUCAGUCGACCAGUCUGUGAUAUGAAGAGAUUUCUCUGCUCUGAUCUAAACAGUCACAAAUCACAACCUGGUGUUGAACAUCCUCACCUGUUAAAGCCAGAUGCAACAAAUGUGUGUGUACCCGCAUGUGUGUGUGGGCCGUUCAUAGAGCUUAAUCAGAGUUUUAUGUUUAAGCAUUUUUGUAUGUUUGGUCGUAACUUUUGAUUGAAUUUAGCACCAAACAUUUGGAAUGGCCUCAUCUUUACUUAUUUUUCUUUGUAUUUAUUUUAACAGUACGCCUGUUCAUAGUUUCCAGCUGCUCUGUGAGUUUGUAACUUACACUUGUACAUACGGACAAGACACAACGCAAGAAACUUGUUAUACCCUUACAGAACACUGAGCAAUAAAAAAUAUGCUGUUUGGAACUGACAGCUCUAUGUUUUAUAGAA